AUGGCUAGCGCCGAGCAGCGCCAAUGGAACUGCCACGGCCCACUAAUCGGCCACGGCCCACGCGAGUCACGCACGCCGCCCACGCAAUUGGCAGCUGGCAAUUGGGCAAUUCGGAGGGGAGGUCCCUUGCUCUCUGCGCCGUCUCGCCCGCUGCUCUCCUCUUUCUUCGUGCAGUCACUCGUCUGUCCAACUUUCCAACACAAUUACGACUGUCCGCAACGCGUUGUCUACUGGCACCACUUCCUACGAGCCCGUUCAUUCUCCGAAUACGCCAAGUGCAGCGACGUCCUGCCGCCUGCCACGAAGCCGACUCUUCCCUCCUCGUCUCCCGUCCACACAUUUGCCCUCCUUGCCGAGUGA